UUUCUGGAUUCCAUUUCCUUUAUCUAUUUAUACUUACUUACUUCAAGGUGUUGGGGUGAUACCUUACUUGUCAUGUCAACAGUCGGGAAUAGAACCUGUAUUUAAAGUAUCAAUAUAAUAAUGAUAUAUUAUCACGCAGAUGUGAACUGGAAAUGUGGAACAGCUACUGGUAACAGGCACAAGCGUUCCUUCAGUCCUAUGUCAGGGUUAUAAUACCAGUUAUUUGUAUAUCCGGUUCCACUAUAACGUAUCGUGUCACCAUUGUGUUUGUGCCAUAUUGUGCCAUUAGAAUACGGCUUGUAUAAUCUCCAGCACCAUAGUCUGCCAUCGUGUGAUAGACCAGAACAGUGAGCUACCAUAGUGUAUAGACCCUAUCGACACAUGUGCCAUAUUGUAGCGCCAUAAUAUAGCCUACCUAAACAGAGAGAGAGAGAGAGAGAGAGAGAGUAGGCUAGGUUGGAUAAGGUACCUGUGAUGCGACGAGCAACAUUUGAGAGCAGGAGAAGACAGUAAGGUUGGAGAGAGACUGGGAGAGCUGCUCCUACAGACAACUAGCUGUUUAAAGCUCCACAAUCAUGCGAUGUGUUUCGCUCUUAUCUCGCACUAACUGCAGUUAAAUAAUACACGGUUUUAUUGUCGAAAAUGAGUCCGUCGACGAAGACUAGUUGGUAAUUCAAUAUAUAUACGUAAUGUGACGACAGUAAUGUCUUCAGUGUUGCAGUUUGUACAGACAACGACUACACCUUCACUCCUGUUACUGAUACACAUUAUGGAUGCAAAUGUUUUAUAUUCUAAGCAGUUUUUUUGAACAUAAAUUACGAAUUAUCAUCUAUACAAUGAAGUGAGAAAUAAAUACAUAACUUAAUGGAAGUGAAAUAUCGAGUGUUGAAAAAAGGUAUUUCUAUAAAUGAAGCCAAGAGGAGAGUUGACAUCACCACCAUGAAGUCUGCAGUAGCUGUGCUGGCAGCUGUUGUACUGACAUGUGGAUUAUUACAGCCUGUACAGGGUGGAGUGUUUUGGAACAAUCUAUUUGGUGGAGCGGGUGGAGAGAGAGCUCAGCGGUGUGCCUGCUCGUGUGGUUUACCUAAUCGACGGUCGCGUGUGGUGGGAGGCAGCUUCUCGGAGUUCAAUGAGUAUCCAUGGAUGGUGACGAUUAUGUACAAGACCCACUUCUACUGCGGUGGGACCCUCAUCAGUGAUAGAUACGUCCUCACCGCAGCCCACUGCAUUAGGGGGGUAAGCGUGAACAGCUUAGUGGUGACGGUGGGUGAACACAUACGGAGUUUUCCCAUUGAAACUAAAAGCAAGGAGUACAAGGUCGUGUACUCCAUCUAUCACCCGGAGUUUAACCACACCACCUAUAAUAAUGACAUCGCCCUCAUCAAGCUAGGCCAGAAAGUAGAGUACAAGUGGCACUCCCGUCCAGCCUGCCUGCCUUUACCAAACAGCGACUACGUAGGGGAACUGGGGGUGAUCACUGGCUGGGGGAGGACGUCAGAGAAGGGGGAUCCCACCGACACACUGAAAGAAGCUCUUGUACCCAUCUUUUCCAAUGCUGUGUGUCGUCACUCCCUUCGCUACCACUCCCACGAAAUCACUGAAAACAUGCUGUGUGCCGGAUAUAUCAACGGAGGCACAGACUCAUGUCAUGGUGACAGUGGAGGUGGCCUAGUGUGGCAGGGAACAGAUGGCAAAAUGGACGUCAUAGGUGUGGUGUCGUGGGGUGACGGAUGUGGACGUCGGGGUUACCCAGGGGUUUACACACGUGUCACCAAGUACCUGUCCUGGAUAGAGGAACACACCAAGGACAGCUGUUACUGUGGCAGAAGACGUGGAAGAACCUGAUAAUCAAAUGAAUUAAGUUGUGUUGUACCUGUAAUUGGUAGUAGUAUUUUUUUAUAUGUUUGAUGUCCUGUACUGGUGUGCUGUAGUACCUAACAAUAUUCUUUUUUUCCACUUAGCUAUGUGGUGAUGAUACUUAGUAGUUUUGCCUCAUGGGAUUUUGAAUGAUGACAGUGACUUAACACACAUUCACUUUGUAUCCUUAAUCUACCUCUUUGUGAAAUAUGUUUAUGUACACAAAAAAUUAUACAAGGAUGUAUUAUUUGUAGUAGAACAAAUGAGUUCACAUGGAGUAUGUCAUAUAGAAAGGAGAAUUUUCCUGAAAUCCCACAUUAUGACUGAACCCACAGUUACGGUAAGUGACUUAUAUAUUAUGUUUACCAUGCCAGUAGGUUGAAUCCAUGAAAUUCUCCAUUAUUAGUGGUUGAACCUAAUUAAUGAAUUAGUUAUGCCUUCCCAUAACACAAAGUCCCUGAAAGUGAUCCUUAGAACCUUCAGUCACCAUUCAAGGUAGAAGGCAACGAGAGGAGGUGUCUUCCUUGAAGAGUUGUCAGACCCAAGGCCCUCAGCUUACCUGGAGAAAUGAGAUGACUCAUUUCAGGACUAAUUCUAGUCACCCUGCAUUGCAUAUUUACUAAUAUGUUGGGGCAGUACCAGAGCCAAUUGGUGAGCCAGGUACAGAACCAUAAUUAGAAGCUUCCUCUCUGUCCAGAAAAGCACUACCUCUGACAUGUUAAGCCCUGAUCAGAACCUUGACAGGAUCCUCUCUUCUGGAGUCCUAAUGAUCAAGCACAAAUAGCAAAUCCAUACCCUGAAAAGUCUGGAAGAACAAAUUAACCACAUAAUAUGUUCUGCUGUAAAUAAUGACAGUUGCUUCUAAAGAAAUCAUUCUGAGAAUUCGUUGUGAUGUGAAGGUAUAACUAGUCCAUAAACACUGUCUCAGACACUAAUGUUAGAGGGUCUCCUGAAAACAGUAGCAGUAACAUACGUAGUGUUAUAACUUAUAUUUGGAAGACAAAGCAAUCUUCUUACUCAUUCAUAGUUAUCAAAUAUACAGUACAGUAUUAAGAAGAUAUAUUAAGUUCCUUUAUGCUAUGUUGCUAGUCUUGCACAGAGCAAUGUACAGUAUUAAGACAUUAAGGUCAAAUUGUCAAUAUGAUCAUAGUAUUCAUGUUAUUCCUUUUACCUUUACUUAGUUUUGUUUUACAAAAAUCCAUAAUUUUGUAUUUUUUGCUUUUUCAUAUUAGAAUAAGUUAACACAUGUUGCUCUUAUAUCUCUACAUUAUAUCCUGUGAUUGUGUUAAGUUAGUGUGAGGACUGACAGCACAAAAGGCUGGCAAUGCUAUUCAAGAGACCACUGAGUUUUACCCUGUAGGUCUGGGAAAUAUCACAAGCUUGUCAGUGCUGCAAGACUUUAGGCCAAUUGGAAGGGAGAAAUCAGGGAAAAAAUCUUCCCCAUAAAAGUAUUAGGAGUCAAUCAGGAAAGACCGCAUAGGAUUAUCUAUGUAACCAAAAAUACCUUCCUCAGAUACUUCUGUCAGUUGCUCCCAUCUAUUUUAUUACUGUGAAUAUUAGUACAAUACUGUACUUGUUUUUUAUUCAUAUACUGUAUCUGAUAUUUAUACAGUAACUGUUUCACUGUGCCAUAAUAAACAGUUGGUGUACAGGCAAGUUCAACAAGUGAUAUGAUCAAUGUCACAUCAUCUAGCAACACUUUAUAAUAAUAAUAAAUAAACUGUUUUCUAUAAA